AUGCGUUUUUCUUAAGUGAGAACUGAGAAGCCUGGCUCUGUAAUUCUUUGCCAUGUUUUCGCCUUGUGGUUCUUUGGGUCAGCCCUUAUUUUCUUCCCUUUUGUAAGCUUUUCAUAGUUGAUGAAAACGUUAAUGGAGGUGAAGGGUCACCCAAUCCAUUAGUAACUUCUUUAAAUUCUCACAUUUUUAGACCAACUUUGUUUAAAACCCUCUCAAAGCUCGGAACUCGGACGCCAUUGGUGAUCUUCAAAAGCUUGAAACUUUAAGCCUCUACUCAAAACUCCAAGUUUCGGCUUCUGUGUCUUUCCAAAAUGUCAUCACUAGAGCUGUCCCACAUGGAUUUAGAGCAAGGGACUCCCCGCUGGAACGGGAGUGAUGUCAGCGCCGACGAGGCCAGCGUCUGCUUCUCCGACGCCGACGACGGUUCUUGCUACUCUCAGUUCUAUUCCACCACAGGCGGUUCCUACGACGAUUACAGCUUCGCUUGCGGUUCAGACGGCGAGAUUGGUGAUGUUUCCGGUUCUGGGAGGGUGUCGUCUGUCUCCGAUUGUUCGGUGGAGAUGCAGAUUCAAAGCGGAGCUAAUGAAAUCAAAGUGCAUUUGGCUAAAGCCGAGAAGAAUUGUAGAAUAUGUCAUCUGGGUCUAGAGAGUAACAGCCAUGAAUCCGGUGUUGCAAUUGAAUUGGGUUGUUCUUGCAAGGAUGAUCUUGCUACUGCUCAUAAACACUGUGCUGAGGCUUGGUUUAAGAUCAGAGGAAAUAAGACCUGUGAAAUUUGUCAUUCUAUCGCACGCAAUGUAAUUUUAGCGAACGAGAUAGAGUUGAUGGAGCAACCAAACGAGACCAACAGCUCCACUGCUACAGCUGCAGUCUCGGGAGCAGCAUCCUAUUCAGACUCCCGAAGCUUUUGGCACAGCCAUCGCUUCCUCAACUUCCUCCUUGCUUGCAUGGUGUUUGCGUUUGUCAUAUCAUGGCUCUUCCACUUCAGCGUGCCAUCAUCCUGAAACUUAUAUCUGUGCACGGUUGAACAACGUCGAGAAGAAUGAAAAAUAAAGAAACAGAAUUUACUGUAAAGGGGCCUGGGAAACUUGUUGCUGUGAUGAUGGGGAAAUGGAAAUACGAAUUAUAUACACCUCUCUUCUCUAUACGUGUAGAAAGCUUGUUAUACUGUGCACAUUCAUCUUAGCUACCGAAGCUUUUGAUGUUCUUGGAAGAGCCCUUUAAUGGUUAUGCUCGGAUUUGCACAACCGUUUUUGCUC